AACAACAAUUAUUCGCUAUGGUGAGUGGACGCCCCCUACUGUAUCUGUCGCUGCCAAGUUUAGCAAUUAUUAUCGGCUUGGUGUGGUUUCGCCGAAAGAAAUUUAUUGGCUUUGAUUCGGGCGGUAAAACUGCAGCGGAUGAAAACAGCGAAUGCGUCGAGAAAGCUGAUAAAUCAAUUCAUGGAGAAGAGGAAUGCCAUGCCAUCGAUUUGAAACAUACCGAAUCUUUGCCUAUAAACCCAUCACCAAACGAUAAAGACGAAUCUAGCAAGAAUCAGUCAUCAUCAUCAUCUUCGUCGUGCAGUGGAAAAUCUGCUCCUAUUGACAUCGUAUCCAAUACAAGAAGCCCUCCAAAGUUUUCAGAUCAACAGUUAGACGCCGAACUGCUCAAGUUGAAAAUUGAAGAGUCGGAUAUAAGAAAUCUCCGCCUUAUCGAGGAACAGGACGACUUUUCCAGCUUUGAGUCGCCAGUCAAUCUACCAGGAACAGUUGACCGCUUUCAAAAUUUCAACAAGUUCGACAAAUCGUUCGAACCCCAGAUGGAACCGGUUGUCGUAAAAGCAAGUAUGACGGCUAAAAUCUCUCCUAAAAAUUCUUUUGCCACUGAGCUGAGUUCAUCAACAGAGUCGCCGGAAUCGUGCAACGGUACCUCCGACGAAGAUGCCCAUACGCAGGACAUGGUCAAUAACAAUUCUGUGCAGGAAGAGGCUGUGGAACAUGCGGCGGAGUCUGUACGGGCCACACACAAUGAAGACGCCGUCAAUAAUAAUACGUUAAACGAACAAGAGACAGUAAAUGGUGAGGAACCUCAUUCUCCGGUUGCAAGCCCUCCACUUAGCGUCUGUAGUAUGCAUUCAGGUGAUUCCGGUAAGGGAUCCAGCCCACCGCAGUCGGAAUGUGCGCCAGUCACCAGUUACGAUUUCCUCCUACCAGUGUACCUGGUGUCGAAGUUGCUUGGACGUAAAGCCAGCUUCGUCCAACUGAUCAAGGCAAAAACUGGCGUAAACGUCCUAAUCAAACGCAAUCCAGACACCCACAAGACAAAAAUUUGUUCAUUAGAAGGAACACAAGCCGAAAUCGAUAAUGCUUUAGCUUUGAUUCGCAGAAAGUUCCCAGAGAAAAGGUUUUCUGCAUUGACCUUGCAGCGAGUACACGUAGGCCAGACGGAAAAUGUUGUCCCCCUACCAUUGAUCGACACAACGUGCUUUAAUCUACAACUGGUUGAAGGAAUCAACAACGAUGUGACCGUGUGUUCGAUAGUCAACGGAGGUCACGUCUUCCUACAGCAACCACUUCACCCUUCGUAUCCGUCGUUGAACACAAUGCAGCAUUGCAUGAACCAGAGCUACAACAUGAUCGAAGCGCCACAGCUACCUGAAAUCACAGAGAAUGCAAUCUGUGUUGCUGUAGUUCAGGACAGCUGGUACCGUGUUCAAAUAGUCUCGCACAAUGCGGAGGAUCAAACCUGUUUAGUCAAAUAUUUAGAUUAUGGAGGCUACGCCAAUGUACCAGUUACUAACCUAAGGCAAAUCAGGACGGACUUUAUGGGAGUGCCGUUCCAGUCCAUCGAAUGUGUGCUGUCCAACGUUAAACCUAAUGGUGAAUCUGGAUGGACUCCCGAAGCAUCCGAAGCUCUUUCCAGCUUAACUAAAGGUUUAGUUCUUCAGGCCCAGGUGGCUGGUUACACCGCUGAAGGACUCCCUGAAGUCUACUUAUUCGCUUCAUUAGCUAGAGAU